AUGAACCCUAACGAAGAAUGUCUCAAAGAGGAUGAUCUAAUCAGUGAUCUUCCAGACCAUAUCAUCCACGAAAUUCUCCGUUUCUUACCCAUCAAAUCCGCAGCCCAAACUCUCAUCCUUUCACAUCGUUGGAAGAACGUUUUUUCUUCCAUCCCCUAUCUCGAUUUCACAACAAUCGCCGCUUCUCCGCCUAAUUUGUAUAUUCCACCUCAUGUUACGAGGUUACGUAUCCCCAUGGAACCACCAACCGAUGUUAAAGACAUCAAUUUCCUCAACAAAGUUUUCUCCCUACAUGACACCAACUUUGCCAUCAAAACCCUAAAGUUGAAAUCCUCUGAAUUAAGUUCUAGGGCCUUCAACUUGUUAAUCCAAUACCAAAAAAUUAACGAUAUUGAAGAACUAUACGUGAAGGUGAAGAACAUACCUUACUUCGAUAUCCCGUGGAACAUCAUCAAUUGCGGACGUUUAAGGGUUUUAACGUUAAAUAUAAUAUUUGAUGACUUCCAAGAUCUUAUUAAACCGUCGGUAAUGAAGAGAGAAUUCAAAUUCCUCCACACUAUGUCCCUACAUAAGAUUGUUGGGAUAAAGAGAAAAAUAAGGAACGAAGGUUACAAAAGGAAAUGA